AUGAGCUGGACGUAUAACCUACCUGCUGCUGAGGUGGUUUGGGGGAAGAAGAAAAAUAGAGUCACCUCAAGAGCAAGGAUAAAAGAUCGUAGGGAUGGCGCCGACGAUGCCUUGGGCAAUGGCAAAGGAGUCGGCAAAGGCGUUGGCAAUGGUGGCCAACCGAGAGGCCCAGCGGCUCUCACAAGUACAUUGGCUAGUCCGCCUGGCGCGUCGACUGAGCCGGGUGUCGACACUAUUUCGGCAACGUUUACGACAACACUCACACCGUUACCGACGUCUUCGACGACAGUUCCGGUUGCAACCACAACCACGUUGGUACCCCAAAUCGUCGAGUCCACAACCACGACUACCAUACCUCCAUCAAGUCUCCUAAUCUAUGGACCGACGCCGUCACCAAUCAUAUACUCGUCACCACCGAUUUUGCAGACAAGUGCACAAAUCACCUACACGAGUCCUGUGACGACAGCGACGCUUUCCGUAUUGACGACCGGCAUCAGCAUCCCUAGCGUAAUAACUAGCAUUCCGGGCACCUCAAAUCCUUCUAGUAUCUCAACUAUCUCAGCCAUCUCAGCAAAGACUAGCGCAACACCAGUCUCUUUAGGAACAACCUCUCUCGUCACGCCCACCACGUUCGCCACGUCGCCGAGCCCUGUCUUCCUCAGUGCGACUGCGAAACCUAGCUCCGACGCUGCCCCAAAUGGUCCGACGAGUUCCAGCUCAGUCGCGGCGUUCGAGAUGACAUCUACGCCGACUCCUCAGUCGCGAGGGCUCAGCCAGCAGGCCAAGAUUGGGAUCGGACUUGGCGUGACGUUUUUUGUGAUUCUUGCCGCCAUCAUAGUAGUAUUCUUCCUUUUCCGCCGGCGGUGGUUGAAGAGAAGGAGCGCAUUGCCGUCGCAGCUGUUCAGCGAGUACGACCCGCAGCAGGUAUUCCUUGGUGAAGGCGGUGAAGCUGGUGUGCGUGAGCGGAGGCGACAACAGGAACUUGAGAAGCAGGCCAGAAUCCAGGAGGCACAGAUGAGACCUCAGCCCAGGCUGCCGUCCCUGCUUGUGGGAAAGCCGCUUGACAAUGAGACAGGAACCCCUUCUGCAAUGGUAGACGAGCCAGCACGCACUGUUGCGCCGUCCAGCAGACGGUGGGAAAGCGAACGGACACCCGGCCUAAGCAGUCACCCCAUCACAUCUCCUGACAGGCUCGAGGACUUACGGUUCUCAUUCGUUCGCGGGGCAGGGUCCUCGGUCUCGUUGCACACUACGGAUAGCAGAAGGAUCUCAGGCACAAACGCUAGAGGCAGAGACAGCUUCUCCGCCGGUUCGAUUUUCGAUCCAGACAAUUCAAUGAGUGAGAUGGAGCCACGGCCGCGACCUGACACGUUGACGCCCCUCGAUUCAGUCUCACAGACGGCACGCCCGCGCACAAUGGACAGCACGAUCAGUAGCGCGGAGCUGCUCCCACGUUUGCAAGGCAAGGAGCCCGCAUCGGGCAGCAGCAGCUCGUCGAAUCUUCCAACAGCACUGCAGAAGAUCCAGGGCUGGAUCGAGGCGUCGAGGAAGCCGAGGUGGAUGUUCGGAGGGGCCAGCGGGCCGGGUGCCGUGCAGAGCCGCUUCAGCGGCACGGCGACAGACUUCUCGAGUUCUGGCGAGGAGAAGUCGGGCAGGCACACACCAUCUGACGGUGGCGGACUCAGCGAAAAACAGCCAAGCGAGAAGUAGGCAUCCAAGCGAGCUUUGUUUCGCGGAGAGAAGGUGACGCUCGAGUAUGACCAGGAGCACAGUUGAUAUGCAUCCCAUCCCAGGGACAGGCUGACGAGAAGCUAUUAAAAAAGCGGUCCUUGGGUGGGUGAGUUCUGAGCGAUUUGCAUUCGAAGCAUU